AUGUUGGCCGACCAGGGCGGGAUGGACCUCAAGGGGAUUCUUUCCUGCGUCUCCAAGGAGGAUUACAUCCGAUGGGCAAUCCAGAGAAUCGAGAGGUGCCGGAUGAAGAUGCGGCUGGGCCAGGGGAGCAGGGACGGCGACAGGGACGAGAUCGCGUCCCGGUUCGUCUUGAUCUUCGAACUUUCCGGCUGGAGCUUUUCCGAUGUCUUCUCCAAGUCAGUGAUGGAAUUGGGCCUGGCGCUGACGCAGAUGCAGGAGGCCAACUACCCCGAGCACCUCAAGCGCGUCUACAUCCUCAACGGGCCCUGGUUCUUCACGAUGGUGCUGGGCGUGCUGAGGCCGUUCCUGGGGCAGGCGACGCUGGACAAGGUCGUCUGCCUGGGGUCGAAGGAGCGACACGCGCUGACGCGGGCCAUCUCGAGGGAGGUCCUGCCCAGGUUCUGGGGUGGGGACAGGGUCGACGAGGACGGGGAUCCGAAAUGCUCCUCCCUGAUCGGGAAAGGCGGAAAAGUGCCCAAGUCCCUUUAUCGAACGGGGAAAAAUGCGAAGGAGGAGCCAGAAGAGGAACGGGAGGACAGAGAGCCGGAGGAGGAGGAGCCGCGGACAACCAUCGGGAUGCUCUUCCGAUGCCGAACGAGGGAGCGGGAGCGAGUGGACGGUUCUCAGGAGGAUGUCUCUGGGGAGAUCCUCCUCCAGGAGUCCGGUCUGAAGCUACCAAUUCCGUUCGUGCAGUUACAGGAGAGGUUGCAAGACGUCACCAUUCCGGAGGGGAUCCGUCACGAAGUCUUCCUCCUCAAGUUCCUCAAGGCGAGAGAUUACGACUUGGAUAAGACGGAGAAGAUGUUUCGAGCCGUGGAUGAGGUCCUACACCUCCGAAUUGACCCUCGACACUCGAAGCAGCGAGUGGAUCCAAAGGAAAUCGGUCUUAAUGGUAUCACCCGGACAUCCAUAUUUGUGAAGCACCUGGAAUGGAGGGAGAAGUGGAGGCCGGAGUACCUGCGGGAUGAGUGGAAGGUCCCGGAAGUGCUGCAGAUAUACGCGACGAACGGCUUCCUUGGAUUCGACUUCGAAGGGUCACCCGGCGGGAUGGACCUGGAGGGGAUCCUCUCCUGCGUCUCCAAGGAGGAUUACAUCCGAUGGGCCAUCCGGAAGUUAGAGCAAUGCCGACAGAAGAUGCGGAUGGACCCUGCGGACGAGAGCGGGAAUGAGGGCAGGACGCAGUUCGUUAAUGUCUGCGAACUUCAAGGCUGGUCCUUCUCCAAGAUCUUCUCCAAGUCUGUGCUGGAUUUAUCGUCAAUCAUGGCGGAGAUGCAAGAGGCAAACUACCCCGAACACCUCAAACGCACCUACGUCCUCAACGUGCCUUGGUACUUCACGAUGGCGAUGAACAUCAUAAAGCCGUUUCUGCGCCGGGCCACGCUGGACAAGUUCGUCUUCCUGGGCGGCAAGGACCAAUACGUGCCCGUGUUGACUCAGGUCAUCCCGAAGGAGAUUCUGCCCAAGUUUUGGGGCGGGACCAGGGUCGACGAGGAUGGGGAUCCGAAAUGCCCUUCAGUUAUCGGGAAAGGUGGAAAAGUGCCGGAGUCUCUGUAUCGAAAGAAUAAAAAUGCUAAGGAGGAGAAGGAGAAGGAGCAAGAGGAGGAAGAGUCCGGAGGUGGAGAUGAAGGAGUGAAGACCCUUCGCGGCGGGGAAGCCCUGAACCUGGAAUGCCGCGCUUCCCGUCCGGGAUCGCUUCUCAGCUGGAAGUUCAGUACCGAAAUGGAUGGGGUGGAGUACUCAGUACUCCGGCUCGAAGAUGGGGAGGAGGCGGGCAGCCACCUGGAGACUGGACGGUCGGUUAGGGAGCGGGAGCGAGUGGACAGUCACCGGGAGGAUGUCUCUGGGGAGAUCCUCCUCCAGGAGCCCGGUCUCUACUGCCUUCGGUUUCAGUCUGAGCGCACCAGUGACAGGCUCAGCUACGCCAUCGUCGUCAUCCCUCCUCUUGAUCCACUGUAAUCCCUCUCUUCCCACCGGUGAAUUUGAUGUAUAUGGAUAUAUGCAUUUCUUAAUAUGACAUGCA